GGCUAUUCGGCUCCUGCCCCACCCCCCCAACCCCCAUUUUUUGUCACCACCUUGGAAAAAGAUCUGACAAUAAUCCAAACAACAAAGACUUUAGAAGAAUGAGUACCUACAACGUGUCACUGAACGGGCCUGCGCCUUGGGGCUUUAGGUUGCAGGGAGGAAAGGACUUCAACAUGCCACUGACCAUCUCUAGGAUCACUCCGGGGAGCAAGGCAGCGCAGGGAAACCUGAACCAGGGUGACAUCAUCGUGGCCAUCGAUGGGGUGAGCACUGAGGGGAUGACUCACCUGGAGGCCCAGAACAAGAUCAAGUGUGCCAGUUUUAACCUGGCCCUCACAAUGCAGAGGUCAAAACGCCCAGUCCCUCAAGGCAACCCCAGAAUCGACUCUCCCUUAACUGUUAUCCCUCAUCAGAAGGUUAUUACCAACACUCCUGCCAACAACGAGUACAUGCCCAACUUCAACCCCGGCGUGUUAAAGGACUCCGCCCUGUCCACCCACAAGCCAAUCGAAGUAAAGGGCCCAGGAGGCAAGGCCACCAUCAUCCACGCCCAGUACAACACGCCAAUUAGCAUGUACUCCCAGGAUGCCAUUAUGGACGCCAUUGCCGGACAGUCCCAGGGCAAGGGACAAGAGGGCAUGCCGGGAGAGGAGGGACUAGCUGGUGGUUCCCCCUUUGCUACGCUCCCAGUUAAAGACCGUCUUGUAGACAGUGCCUCCCCAGUGUAUCAGGCUGUCAUCCAGCCUCGGGACAAGAACGAGGAGAUGGCUGACUGGGCUCGCGGUGCCACCCAGCUGCAGUCCAAGUCCUUCCGCAUGCUGGCCCACAUCACGGGAACGGAGUACAUGCAAGACCCAGACCUGGAAGCUCUGAUGAGGUCAAGAGAAAGGUUUGAGUCAGAACUCAAGGGCCCACGAUUUGCCAAAUUGAAAAACUGGCACAAUGGCUUGUCUGCGCAAAUCCUCAAUCUCCCGGAAUAAGGGUGGGGGAAAAGGACGGAAAUUGGUGGCAACCAGAAAAGAUAGAGCAGGUGUAAGAGAUGGACUGCAGAAGAGAGGUUAGAAGAUGUCCGAAUGUGAAACCUAAUUGGAGAAAAGUGUUCAAACCCUUUCACAUUUGAAUGAAGAUCAUUAGAGCUCUUGUUUAGGCUAUGGCAGUUGAGUUCUCAGUUGAAAAAAGCCACUGCAGCAUCAGUGCUGUUUAGAGUUUUGUCGUAAAGUCACCAUAUGAGUUUGACAUUGUGAUGUGUAUGAAUAAAUACAGUGCCACUUGGAAUGGAACUAACUAA